AAAAAUGUAAGCGUUUACCAAUGUUUUUAGGCUGGUGCUAUGGAUAGAGCGGCGAAAUUGCCGAAACUGCAAGAUGAAGAGAGGGAGUCAAAGUAUGGAUACGUUUACGCCGUUUCCGGUCCUGUCGUGACUGCCCAAAAGAUGUCUGGUUCAGCUAUGUAUGAAUUGGUGCGAGUUGGCUAUUCUGAACUUGUAGGAGAAAUUAUUCGUUUGGAAGGAGACAUGGCCACCAUCCAGGUCUAUGAAGAAACUUCAGGUGUCACAGUAGGAGACCCUGUAUUGAGGACGGGAAAACCUUUGUCUGUGGAGCUCGGCCCUGGUAUCAUGGAGUCUAUCUUUGACGGUAUUCAGCGCCCGCUUAAGGACAUCAACGAACUUACACAAAGUAUUUACAUUCCUCGUGGUGUUAACACUCCUGCCUUGAGUGUCACUGCUGAAUGGGAUUUCAAACCAUGCAACAUUAGGAUUGGUAGCCAUGUAACUGGAGGCGAUAUCUACGGCACCGUUUUUGAAAACCGAAUGGUUAAACAUAAAAUGAUGCUCCCUCCUCGUGCUAGAGGUACUGUUACGUGGAUGGCUUCUCCUGGUCACUACAGGGUCACUGAUAAAAUUCUUGAAAUUGAGUUUGAUGGGGAAAAGACCGAUUAUACCAUGUUACAAGUUUGGCCUGUACGUCAACCGCGUCCAGUUGUAGAAAAACUUCCAGCCAAUCAUCCUCUUUUGACUGGACAGCGUGUAUUGGAUGCUCUCUUCCCUUGCGUCCAAGGUGGAACAACAGCAAUUCCUGGCGCUUUCGGCUGCGGCAAAACCGUAAUUUCGCAAUCGUUGUCCAAGUACUCAAACUCUGACGUGAUUAUUUACGUCGGUUGUGGUGAACGUGGUAACGAAAUGUCUGAAGUACUUCGAGACUUCCCCGAGUUGACGUGCGAGGUUGAUGGUAUUACUGAAUCAAUCAUGAAGCGUACAGCCCUGGUGGCCAACACCUCAAACAUGCCUGUCGCUGCCCGUGAAGCUUCUAUUUACACUGGUAUCACUUUGUCUGAAUAUUUCCGUGACAUGGGUUACAACGUCUCCAUGAUGGCUGACUCGACAUCACGUUGGGCCGAGGCUCUUCGUGAAAUUUCCGGUCGUCUUGCUGAAAUGCCUGCCGACAGUGGCUACCCAGCAUACUUGGGUGCCCGUUUGGCCUCUUUCUACGAGCGCGCUGGUCGUGUCAAGUGCCAAGGUAGCCCAGAACGUGAGGGCUCUGUCUCUAUCGUCGGUGCCGUUUCUCCUCCUGGUGGUGACUUCUCAGAUCCCGUUACUUCCGCAACUUUGGGUAUCGUCCAAGUGUUUUGGGGUCUUGACAAGAAACUUGCCCAGCGAAAGCAUUUCCCUUCCAUCAACUGGCUUAUCUCUUACAGCAAGUACAUGCGUGCUCUGGAUGACCAUUACGAACGUCAUUUCCCUGAGUUUGUACCCCUGCGUACCAAGGUUAAAGAAAUUUUGCAAGAAGAAGAAGAUCUUUCAGAAAUUGUCCAACUUGUCGGCAAGGCCUCUCUUGCUGAAACAGACAAGAUCACGUUGGAAGUCGCCAAAUUGUUAAAGGAUGAUUUCCUUCAACAAAACGGAUACUCGUCUUACGAUCGAUUCUGCCCAUUCUACAAAACCGUGGGUAUGCUGCGAAACAUGGUUGGUUUCUACGAUAUGGCUCGCCACGCAGUUGAAUCUACCGCCCAAUCAGAUAACAAGAUCACAUGGGGAACCAUUCGUGAAUCCAUGGGCAACAUCCUCUAUCAACUGUCAUCGAUGAAAUUCAAGGAUCCCGUCAAAGACGGCGAAGCCAAAAUCAAGCAAGACUACGAUGAACUGCACGAACAAAUGCAGCAAGCCUUUAGGAAUUUGGAAGAUUAAUAAGAUACAAUAACCAACUUGUGUGUUAGUUUUCCUCCUCGCAGAUUAUAAAGAAACAUCCGUAGCUCAUCCUGCGUUCCUUAAAAAAUUGUUUCGCAGCCAAGGCAGGUCUCUGUCAUUAGUUGACUUUUUUUUACUUCUAUCUACUUGUUUUCCCUGUGCGUGUGUGUAUAUGGUUUGUUUUGAAUUUUUUCUGGGUCCUGGAACACCAAUAAUUCCAUUUUUGUCAUAUGAAAGAGCCAUCACCCAAUCCAAUUAUUGUCGUUAUAAAGCAUAACAAAUCUAGGAGAUUAAUGCAUGGAACAUUCCUGAUGGACA